CUGCCGCACCUCUAUGAGCUUCCAACACUUCUCAGCUCAGUCUGCACCCUCCGCUGUCUCUACCGUGGACCUUUAACACAAACAAGGACUCAAAGAUGUCUCAGAAGAUCAAGGCAGGCUCUGUGGUGGAGAUGCAGGGGGACGAGAUGACUCGAGUCAUCUGGGAGCUCAUUAAGGAGAAACUCGUCUUCCCGUACCUGGAGCUCGACCUGCACAGCUAUGACCUCGGCAUGGAGAACCGAGACGCCACUGACGACCAGGUGACGGUUGACGCGGCGGAGGCGGUGCGCCGCUACAACGUGGGCAUCAAGUGCGCCACCAUCACCCCCGAUGAGAACCGCGUGGAGGAGUUCAAGCUUAAGCAGAUGUGGCGCUCGCCCAACGGCACCAUCCGUAACAUCCUGGGCGGCACCGUGUUCAGGGAGGCCAUCCUCUGCAAGAACAUCCCCCGCCUGGUGCCCGGCUGGAUCAAACCCAUCAUCAUUGGCAGACACGCCCAUGGAGAUCAGUACAAAGCUACAGACUUUGUGGUGCCCGGGCCUGGGAAAGUGGAGAUGACCUACACGCCCACAGGCGGAGAGCCCGUCAAAUAUGUCAUCCAUGAGUUUAAGGGCACAGGUGGUGUUGCCAUGGGGAUGUACAACACAGACAGCUCCAUCAGGGACUUCGCCCACAGCUCCUUCCAGAUGGCGUUGACCAAAGGCUGGGCCCUCUACCUCAGCACCAAGAACACCAUCCUGAAGAAGUACGACGGCCGCUUCAAAGACAUCUUCCAGGAGAUCUACGAGAAGCAAUACCGGGCUCAGUUUGAGGCCAAAGGCAUCUGGUACGAGCACCGUCUCAUAGAUGACAUGGUGGCCCAGGCCAUGAAAUCUGAGGGGGGCUUCAUUUGGGCCUGCAAGAACUACGACGGAGACGUACAGUCUGAUUCUGUGGCACAAGGCUACGGCUCCCUGGGUAUGAUGACCAGUGUGCUCAUCUGUCCUGAUGGACGCACAGUGGAGUCUGAGGCCGCCCACGGCACAGUGACUCGCCACUUCAGACAACACCAGCAGGGGAAAGAAACCUCCACCAAUCCCAUUGCCUCCAUCUUUGCAUGGUCGCAGGGUCUGCUCCACCGGGCAAAGCUGGACAACAACACAGAGCUGCGGGUGUACUCCGAGGCGCUGGAGGCCGUUUGCAUCGAGACCAUCGAGGCCGGUUUCAUGACCAAGGAUUUGGCCAUCUGCAUCAAAGGCCUGACAAAUGUGAAACGCGCUGACUACUUGAACACCUUCGAGUUCCUGGACAAGCUGGCAGAGAACCUGAAGAUCAAGCUGGCUAACCCUCCCAAACUGUGAUCCCACCUCCUCAGCAUCAGCCAUUAAACACAGACACGCACACACACACACACACACGCACAUGCACACAUUCACACACAUGCACACAGAGACGGAGUUGACGCUGGAGCAGAGAGGAGAGUGAGCCCAUGUACUCCAGGAGAUCUACGGACUGAAACCAGGUCAUUCCCUAACCGGGGGUGUGAUCGAGACGGGGUGCCUUGUCCUGGAGGAAGAGGAGUGUCGGCCUCUGAUCAGUGUAGGCCAUCAUCACUGUUAACGCAUCAUUAGCAAACCUCACGACUCAAACAUUACCGGUCUCCUGACCCGAUGGCUCAGUGACCUUGUUUACCCUAAAUGCACUAGGUCCCCUGAGGUGAGCUUGUGUGUUGUCAGUAUCUGUUGGUGAUCUGUGCAACAGACGGGGGACAGAAUCCGUCUUGAGGGCGCCUCGGGACCCUCACUGCCUUAUUAGUCUUGUGUCAAAGUCAUCGGUUCAUUCUUGUCAUCUCCUUUUGUCUCGUAAUGGUCUGACAAUACCUCAAAGCUUCAUUUGUAUGUUUUAGUGCCUGCUGAAAAACAAAGAGCACUGUCGUCCUGCUGGUAUUAAUAAUUAAACCCGUCGGCAUGGAGAUGGAUUGGCCGUGCAUGCUAUGUUUUACUGUUUUGCAGCAUCAAACACGUAAUUAUUGGACUGACGUUGUUAAUUUCUAGCAUUUAAACAAGGAGUCUUCUCACACAACUUGUAAACAACUACAAAAUACAUUCCUUUUAGAUUUUGUAUUCUUAAUCAUGUCACUUGAGAGGUGUAUUUAUUUGUCCUUCCUGUGUUUGUGUGUGUGUGCGGCCAUCCAGUACGUCCUGCCAGGAAAUCUACAUCAACUCUGUUGGUUUGUGAUCAAAAUUAUGCCUGUUGGAACCGAACAUAAUUCACAAUAAAUGGGUUUUUGAAGAA